AUGGCAUCAGAAAUAGGUGUCAGCGCUCAGGUUCAGGUGGAUAGAUGCGCUGAAUGUAAACAACCCUCUGUGUGUACAUGCUCUAUAUGUAACGCUAAAAUGUGUAGAAAACAUAUUAAUUCGCACAUGGAUAAGGUUCAUAUGCUAUCAGAGAACGAUUCUCACAAUACAAAAUGUUCUCUACAUGUGAGAAACACGCUAAAAUCUUUCUGUAGAAGUUGUUUUGUGCCUCUCUGUGAUGAGUGCGUGACAGAUGGAGGUCAUGUUGCCCAUGAAAGAAGUGAACUAGGGGAUGUCUUAGAAUUCCUCAAGGGAGCAAUAUCCAAUGAAAACAAAGAAUUGAUCAAUUGCAUUAAACCAUUUUACCAAACUGUUUUAGACACUACUGAAGAAAAAUUAAAGGAAGUUCCGCUUAAAUACGAAAAAGUAAAGAAAAAUAUAGAAAAGUUUGGGAAAAUAUUGCACAGGGAAAUUGACAAUGCUGUAGAUGAUUUAUAUAUUUCCUUGGCUGAGAAAGAGAAGAACGACAAGAAAGAGUUAGAAAAUCAAAAGAAUACAUACUUAAAAAAGUUAAAUGAUUUAAAGGAAAUUAUUGCGCAAAACAAUUCGUUACUAAGCUCCAAAAAUUCAAAAGAAAUUGCAAAUUUUAGUUCUUGUAUUGCAUACUUUCGUCUCAAUCCAAACCAAGUGAAACUGGAAUUACCAUCCUUUAGCCCGAAUACUAUAACACAAUUAGCCAAUGUGUUUGAAUUGAAGAGACUUUUGUAA